GGAGAAGAAGUGGGUGACGGUGGGCGACACCUCCCUGCGGAUAUUCAAGUGGGUGCCUGUGGCGGACAGCAAGGAGGUGGGUACCGCGCGAGCCGGGCCCUUGCCCUCAGGCAGCACUGCCCAAGAACCCAAUGGCUUCCCAGCUGACACUUCUGCCAACUCCUCUCUCCUUCUGGAGUUCCAAGAUGAGAACAGCAACCAGAGCUCCCUCUCAGAUGUCUACCAGCUCAAGGUGGACAGCAGUCCCAACUCCAGCCCCAGCCCCCAGCAGAGCGAGUCCAUGAGUCCUGCCCACACGUCUGACUUCCGCACGGAUGACUCGCAGCCACCCACACUGGGUCAGGAGACACUGGAAGAGCCCUCCCUGCCUUCCUCGGAAGUUGCAGACGAGCCUCCAACUCUCACAAAGGAAGAGCCAGUCCCCCUUGAGACUCAGGUAACUGAAGAGGAGGACUCCGGUGCACCGCCUCUGAAGAGAUUUUGUGCCGAUCAGAACUCUGUGUGCCACACGGCUUCAGAGAGCUAG